GGGUCACGGUCUCACACCAUCCAGUGGAUGUGUGACUGCGACCUGGGGUCUGACGGGCGCCUCCUCCGUGGAUCAGAUCAACACGCCUACGACGGCGCCGAUUACGUCGCCCUGAACGAGGACCUGCGCUCCUGGACCGCGGGGGACACGAAGGCGCAGAUCACCCGGCGCAAGGGGGAGGCGGCCGGUGUGGCGGAGCAGGAGAGGAACUAUCUGGAGGGCGAGUGCGUGGAGUGCCUCAGAUACCUGGAGAACGGGAAGGAGAUGCUGCAGCGCGCAGAGCUGCCACCUCAGACUACCAUCCCCAUCAUGGUCAUCAUUGAUGAUCUGUCUCUCCUUAAAAUUGUGGCAACUGGGAUAGCUGUGGUGGUUGCAUAUGUGAUCUGGAAGAAGCACUCAGUGAAGAGUGAACAGGAAAAAGAAGAACUUCAGAAAAAAAUUGAAGACCUUCAGAAAAAUCUGGAUAAGUGUCAAGAGGAAAAAGAAGAGCUUCAGAAAGAAAUUGAUAGGAGGAAGUCUCAAUUCAAGUCAGCCUGGAGGAAUGCACCAUUAUAUGCUGAUUGGAGGAAAGAAGAGUUUGAAGCUGUAAGUGUGACCCUGGAUGCAGCCACUGCCCAUCCUGUCCUCCUUCUGUCUGAAAACGGGAGACGAGUAACCUGGCAAGAUAGAUAUCAAGAUCUACCCAGCUCCACACAGAGAUUCACCUCCCUUCCCUGUGUGCUGGGUCAGCUGGACAUCAGCUCUGGGAGAUGCUACUGGGAGGUGGAAGUUGGGAAAACGCCUUCUUGGGACCUGGGAAUUUGUAUGGAUAAUGUAACAAGGAAGGAAAGGGUCACGAUGUCCCCACAGAAUGGUUUCUGGGCCAUCAGGUUCUAUGAAGGGGAGUAUUGGGCCCUCCCAGAAACUCGUCUUACUCUAAGAGAAAAACCCCUUAGUGUGGGGAUAUUCCUGGAUUAUGAGGCUGGAGAUAUAUCUUUCUAUAACAUGACAGAUGGAUACCACAUUUUCACCUUUCCACAGAACACAUUUUAUGGUGUCCUAAAACCACUUUUCAUACUUUGGUCCUCUGACUCAGGUGCCUUGACCAUUGUUCAGGUGGAGGAGAACUGACUGAUGUUGCAAUUUAUAUGCCUAUCCACCUCCCUCUAGCCAAAAAUUGAUUUUUCUUCCUCCUUACCAGUUCAUUCAAGAUGAAGUUCUGGGAUACAGACUGAUGGUUGCCGUUCAUAUCAAUUCUCCCUUCUUACUUAGUUAUAGGUUCCUUCUUAUUUUUACUGUGCCCUAUGGCAGCCUAGUUAAAGAUUAGAUUUCCUAGCUUUCUCUGCUGAAUGUGACUACAUGAUGAGCAGUGCAUUAUAACCUGAAUUAUUCUGUAUGACUCAUGGGAUAUGUCCUUAAAGGUAAAUUGUGUGCCCUUCUUGUUUUCUUUACUUUUUCUGAUGGUUGUAAUGUGUCAUGAUGGGUGGAACUCAAAGAACAUCCCUGACAUUGUAGUAUGACAUGGAUGGCGGUGAAGACAGAAUGAGCAUGGGUUUUUGACAACUUCAUGGAUCUACUCUAUUGCCCAAUUCCUGAAUUCUUCUCUGUGAGAAAUAAACUUUUAUCUUUAAGCAAUUUAUACAUUAGACUUUUGACACUUGUGAUUGAAUCUAAGCAUAACUUGUGCAUUUUCCCCCUAAGGAUGGCAGCAGAUGACAACCGUAGUUGAAUAUGUGGGUGAAACAGGAGGAGUAAAGUCCUGUACUUGCUUGCUUAGCUACUCCUGCACUUCCAGUGUGUCAGUCUCAUCAGGACCUCUUGAUUUCUCCUGAUCUAUCAGUCUCUCCUGACUUCACUUCCUGCCCUUUCCUAUUUAGAUGCCAUCGUUAAUAGUUUUAAGUAUUCUCUUACUAAUAAUUGAAAAUCCCUGGACUCAUUGUCUUCCUUUCACAUCAGCUUGGCAAAACCCCAGAUAUCAAUGGAUCUAAUUACCCAUUUCUCAUACUGGCAGCUUAACACUCUGUACAAAUCCACACGUAUGAGCAAACUGGUUCCUCUGUACCUCUAUAGUCGUCUAUCACAACCUGGAUGCCAGCACUGUCUGGUUAUCUUCCCAUGCAUCUCCAACUACUUACAGGCCUUACGUUUGCACAGUCAAUUUCAUUAAAAAUUAGACUUCCUUUAACAUUCCAAUUCUACUCACACCUGGUUCUCAAUAUAUGAAUGUGUUCACACUUUGAAAAUAAUAAUAAU